GAAAAUACUAAACCCUCUCCCCAUUUCUCUCACUCUACAGAAGCUACAACAUAUAGUCACAGCUAAUCUGCACGUAUCGCCUCGGUUACAUUUCUCUCCGCACACUUCAGCUGCGCCAUUGGAAAUAGUGAAAAAUGUCGAUUGAGGUUGGAGAAAUGAGCGGAGAAGUUGAAGAUGAGCUGAUUGAUCUGAACAAAGAGCCGCCAGUUGAGAGGAAAAGGAAAAGGAAAAUUAGUGAGAAGAGUAAUCCGGAUCAUAAGGAGGCUGAUGGUCUACCGAAAAAUGGUAGGGUUUUGAGGUCAAGAACAGUUGCCAUGAGCGAUGGUGAAAAACAAGUGAUUAAGAUGGAAAUAGUUAAGAUGGAGGACAAGGAGAGAGCACAAGUGCUGGAGAUGGCGUGCGUGGAUAAAAGAAAGGUGACCGUUGUGAAGAAAAAGGGUAAAAAGAAGGGUAGACGGGGCAGACCUCCCAAAACAGAGGGUAAAGAUGAGGUUUCCUCGUUGAGUAAACAGAAGAAAAGGUCUGGGACCAGGAGGCUACCCAAAGAGAAAGGUGUUUUGCCUUCAGAUACCCCAGAGAAGGCUAGGCGCGGGAGGCCUCCAAAAGUAGAAAGUGAAUGUGUGGCUUCUUCAUUGGUUGAGGAAAAUAUGCAACAGAAGAAGGUUGAUGAUGGUAGUGAUGGGGGUGGUAGAGGUCGAGGAAGGCCUCCGAAAGUAGAAAGUGAAUGGCUGGCCUCCUCAUUGGAUAAGAAACAUUUGCAACAGAAGAAGGUUGGUAAUAGUAGUACCGAGGUGGGUAGAGGUAGAGGAAGGCCAAGUAUUGCGCAAAAGGGUAAAAGGUGUCCAAAGGGUGAGAAUGAGGAUGUAGGGUUGGCAAUCAAGAAGAAAAUUGUCAAAAGAGGUAGAGACCGUAAAGAACCUGGAGUUAGGGUUCAGUCAAAGAGGAUAAAGAUUGGUAUGAGUAAUAUGGGGAAUGGUGUUGUGCAGCAGAACAAGAAAAAAGUGAUAAAAGAAGGUGAUGAAGGUAAGGAAACAGGGUUAAGGUAUCAAAAGCAAUUAAUUAGGGAUCAAAUAGUUGCUAUGCUUCAGAAAGCUGGAUGGUCUGUUGAAUACAGGCAGAGACUUACCAGAGACUACUAUGAUGCAGUCUAUGUUGACCGGGAAGGAAGAACUCACUGGUCAGUGACAAAGGCUUACAAAAAGCUUGAGGAGAAGAUUGAUAAGGGAACUGCAGAUGAUACUGAAUUUUUGGCAUUUACUCCUAUCCCAGAAGAGACACUUAGGAUACUAUUCAGAAUGACUGAGCCAGGCAAGAAAAAAGGUAACAAAAAAAAGAUGAAUGCCACAGGAAGGACUAUCAAAAGAGCUACUAAGAAGGAGUCAUCAUCAGAUGGGAAGAUUAAAUCAAGACGGACUUUGCAGGCUCGAAAACCUAGGAAUGGAUCUGAUUCGGAUGAUUAUGAGUUAUAUGAAGGAAAACGCACUUUGCUUGCUUGGAUGAUUGACUACGGAACUGUUCCUCUUGGCGGGAAGGUGGAGUAUAAGAGAGGAAGGAGUAAAAGAAUGCUAAUCGAAGGGAAGAUCACGAUGGAUGGAAUCUGUUGUGAUUGCUGUAAUAUAACUCAUACAAUACGGGGCUUUGAGUCUCAUGCUGAAAAGACACCUGGAAAAUCAUUUCGGAAUAUAUAUUUGGAUUCAGGGAACUCUCUUCUUCAAUGCUUACUAGAUUCCUGGGGAAAACAUGUGGAAACUGAUAAGAUUGGAUUUGUUUGUGUGGAUGUGGAAGGGGAUGAUCCAAAUGAUGACAGAUGUAAUGUGUGUGGCGAUGGUGGUGACUUGAUCUGCUGCGAUAGUUGUCCAUCGACUUUCCAUAACAGCUGUCUGCAUAUUGAAAUUCCUUCUGGAGAUUGGUACUGUGUUUACUGUUCAUGCAAGUUUUGUGGAACUGCGUGUGAAAGUACCGCAACCAGUGACGACGAACAGAAUUUAUCUUCUGAAUUGUUGGCAUGCCGUUUAUGCGAGGAAAAAUUUCACUUGCAUUGCACCAACGAGACGAUAGCUGAAGAUUUUAGUGAUGAAAGUAAUUCCUUUUGUGGGAAACAAUGCUUAAUGAUCUUGGAUCAGUUACAGGAUUUUCUUGGUGUUAGACAUGAAAUGGGAGAAGAAUUUUCCUAUACUAUUCUUCAGCAUCGUGUUAUUAAUGAUGAUGCAUCACUUUUUGGUAAUUCCUUGAAGAUAGAAAGCAAUUCCAAGUUAGCUGUUGCUUUCUCUGUUAUGGAUGAAUGUUUUGAACCUAUCAUAGAUGAGCGAAGUGGAACCAAUAUGGUUCAUAAUGUUGUCUACAGCUGCGGGUCCAAUAUUAGACGGUUGAAUUAUGAUGGAUUUUAUACCUUCGUCCUAGAGAAGGGUGAUGAACUUGUCGCGGCAGCAUCAAUAAGAAUCCAUGGGAAACAAUUAGCAGAAAUGCCUUUUAUUGGAACUCGAUUCGUGUACCGGCGUCAAGGGAUGUGCGGCCGGCUCUUACAUGCAGUUGAAAAGAUUCUGUCCACUCUUGGUGUUGAGAAACUGGUAAUACCCGCUAUAUCUGAACUUAACGAGACAUGGACAAAAGUAUUUGGCUUUCUUCCCCUUGAAGAAUCAAUGAGGCAAAAAAUGAAUUAUAUGAGCAUGAUCGCGUUCCCUGGGGUGGACAUGUUGCAGAAAUCUGUAUCAGGCCAACAGUCCGUUAGAGCAGAAAAUGACUGUGCAGCCACUGGAUGCGCUGAAAUCAGACCCCCUGAGCAUGAAGUUGACGUCAAAGAAAACACUGCAUCUGAUUCAAACAAUCAUGCUGAAGCUGCAGCUCAAGAGAAGCAAGGUGAUGACACCGGAGGGGAAACUGCUGCAUCAAACGAAGAUGCAUCUCAGGAUGCUGAAAUCCAUGAUAGUGAAAAAGAUGCUAUCAUGGAAUCAGCAGCUACGGAGUCCACUGCAGCUCAAGAGAAGCAAGUUGAUGGCACCGGAGGUGAAGCUGCUGCAUCAAACGAAGAUGCAUUUCACGCUGCUGAAAUCCAUUAUAGCGACAAAAAUGCUACUAUCAUGGAAUAUGCAGCGGCUCAAGAGAAGCAAGGUGAUGACACCGGAGGGGAAGCUGCUGCAUCAAAUGAAGAUGCAUAUCAGGAAGACAUCAAUGUUGAGUCUAUUGAUGGCGAACCUUCUCAAAAUGGGGUUUGUCUCGACAACACUGAUGUGCCUGAAGAGGAGAGAGCCUGCCUUCAUAGCCAAAGCAGCGGAAUUAGCUGAGGAAUGAAUGGCUGUGAUGCUGAGGGGAGUUUUGUCAAAUGGGAAUGACUGUCAAAUGAGGCUGUGGAAAGUGAAGCUGGAACUUACUAAUGAUAUUUCCUUUGAUUAAUAUAACCCUGAGUAAAUAGGGGUUAAUUUUUCUCUACAUUUUGGAUGAGAUGUCGAGUUUAAACUUGUAUAGAAUAUUAAUCACCUCCCUUUAUGAAUGUACAUCUUUUGAAGUUAGUAGCUUAAUUUCAUGCUAAUGAAAGUUUUCAAGGGGUGGGUGGGAUAUCAAA